UGUCAGUCCAGGGCUCCGAGAGGAGAGCAACAGCCCAGAGAGAGAGAGAGAAGGGGGUAGAGAGAGCAAGUGUGAACGCAGGGGGGUUGCCAGUUUUUAAUCCCUAUCCCACACUUCAAGAAAGUGCCUCUCCGUUUCAGCGAGGAUGGAGAACGCACACAUCAAUGAGUCAGGGGAGGUCCUGUCCUACUUUGGCGUCACUGAAGACACCGGCCUCUCACCUGAGCAGGUUAAGAAGAACCUGGACAAGUAUGGCUUCAACGAGCUGCCAGCGGAGGAGGGAAAGACAAUCUGGGAGUUGGUGGUGGAGCAGUUUGAGGACCUGUUGGUCAGAAUCCUUCUGCUGGCCGCCUGCAUCUCUUUUGUACUGGCUAUGUUUGAGGAAGGUGAGGAAACUGUCACUGCCUUUGUGGAGCCCUUCGUCAUCCUCCUCAUCCUCAUUGCAAAUGCUGUUGUUGGAGUGUGGCAGGAGCGCAACGCAGAGAGUGCCAUUGAGGCUCUGAAGGAGUACGAGCCUGAGAUGGGGAAAGUUUACCGGUCGGACAGGAAGAGCGUGCAGAGAAUCAAGGCCAGGGAGAUCGUUCCUGGUGAUGUGGUGGAGGUUUCUGUCGGUGACAAAGUGCCAGCUGACAUCAGGAUCAUCUCCAUCAAAUCUACAACUCUGCGCGUGGACCAGUCCAUUCUUACUGGUGAAUCUGUCAGUGUGAUCAAGCACACCGAUGCUGUCCCAGACCCCCGAGCCGUCAACCAGGACAAGAAGAACAUGUUGUUCUCUGGCACCAAUAUCGCCGCGGGGAAAGCCACUGGUAUUGCUGUUGCGACUGGCGUCUCCACUGAGAUCGGUAAGAUUCGUGACCAGAUGGCCGCCACAGAGCAGGAGAAGACCCCUCUGCAGCAGAAACUGGACGAGUUUGGAGAGCAGCUCUCUAAGGUCAUCUCCCUCAUUUGUGUGGCUGUGUGGAUAAUCAACAUUGGCCAUUUCAACGACCCCGUCCAUGGAGGCUCCUGGAUCCGCGGUGCUAUCUACUAUUUCAAGAUUGCUGUGGCUCUGGCCGUGGCUGCCAUCCCCGAAGGCCUGCCCGCUGUCAUCACCACCUGCCUGGCUCUGGGAACUCGUCGUAUGGCCAAGAAGAACGCCAUCGUUAGAAGCCUGCCCUCUGUGGAGACCCUGGGCUGCACCUCAGUCAUCUGCUCUGACAAGACCGGUACCCUCACCACCAACCAGAUGUGUGUAACUAAGAUGUUCAUCAUUGAUAAAGUCGAGGGUGACAGUGUUUCCCUCGGUCAGUUUGACAUCUCUGGCUCAAAGUACACCCCCGAGGGCGAAGUUACAAGGAAUGGCAUAUCUGUGAAGUGCGGACAGUAUGACGGACUGGUUGAGCUGGCUACCAUCUGUGCUCUGUGCAAUGACUCUUCUCUGGACUACAAUGAGUCCAAGGGUAUUUAUGAGAAAGUGGGUGAGGCCACUGAAACCGCCCUGUGCUGUUUGGUGGAGAAGAUGAACGUGUUCAACACUGAAGUGCGCGGCCUGUCCAAAGUGGAAAGGGCAAACACUUGCUGUGCUGUGAUCAAGCAGCUGAUGAGGAAGGAGUUCACCCUGGAGUUCUCCAGAGACAGGAAGUCCAUGUCAGUUUACUGCUCUCCCGCCAAGUCCGCCAAAGCCCCCGUGGGAAGCAAGAUGUUUGUCAAAGGUGCUCCAGAAGGUGUCAUUGACCGUUGCGCAUACGUUCGUGUGGGCACCAACCGUGUACCCCUGACUGGCCCGGUCAAAGACCACAUCAUGUCCGUCAUCAAGGAGUGGGGCACCGGGCGCGACACCCUCCGUUGUUUGGCAUUGGCCACCCGCGACACACCUCUGAGGAAGGAGGAGAUGAACCUGGAGGACUCAACCAAGUUUGCAGACUAUGAGACUGACUUGACCUUUGUGGGCUGUGUUGGCAUGCUCGACCCUCCUCGUAAAGAAGUCAUGAGUUCCAUCGAGCUGUGCAGGGCUGCUGGCAUCCGUGUCAUCAUGAUCACUGGUGACAACAAAGGCACAGCCGUGGCCAUCUGCCGUCGUAUUGGCAUCUUCUCUGAGGAUGAGGACGUCACUGGCAAGGCCUUCACCGGUCGUGAGUUUGACGACCUCUCUCCAUAUGAUCAGAAGAAAGCCGUCCGAAAGGCCUGCUGCUUUGCCAGAGUGGAACCGUCCCACAAGUCUAAGAUCGUUGAGUUCCUGCAAGGCUUCGAUGAGAUUACUGCCAUGACUGGUGACGGAGUGAACGAUGCCCCCGCCUUGAAGAAGGCGGAGAUUGGCAUCGCCAUGGGCUCUGGCACUGCCGUUGCCAAGUCUGCCUCUGAGAUGGUCCUGGCUGACGACAACUUCUCUUCCAUCGUGUCCGCUGUUGAGGAGGGCAGAGCCAUUUACAACAACAUGAAGCAGUUCAUCCGCUACCUCAUCUCCUCCAAUGUAGGCGAGGUCGUCUGUAUCUUCCUGACGGCCGCCCUGGGUCUGCCCGAGGCUCUGAUCCCCGUCCAGCUGCUGUGGGUCAACCUCGUGACUGACGGUCUGCCUGCCACCGCGCUGGGCUUCAACCCCCCUGACCUGGACAUCAUGGGCAAAGCCCCCCGCUCUCCCAAAGAGCCCCUCAUCUCAGGCUGGCUCUUCUUCAGAUAUUUGGCCAUUGGAGGUUACGUUGGUGCUGCAACUGUCGCAGCGGCUGCCUGGUGGUUCCUGUACAGUGACGAUGGUCCAAUGGUCACCUUCCACCAGCUGUCACACUUCAUGCAGUGCAGCGAGGACAACGAGGACUUCGCCGGGGUCCACUGCGAGGUGUUUGAGGCCGCUCCACCCAUGACCAUGGCUCUGUCUGUGCUGGUCACCAUCGAGAUGUGCAACGCUCUGAACAGCUUGUCUGAGAACCAGUCCCUGGUGCGCAUGCCCCCCUGGAGCAACGGCUGGCUGGUGGGCGCCAUGAGCCUCUCCAUGUCCCUUCACUUCAUGAUCAUCUACGUCGACCCCCUGCCCAUGAUCUUCAAGCUCACGCACUUGAAUGUGGAGCAGUGGGUUAUGGUGCUGAAGCUCUCCUUCCCCGUCAUCCUCAUUGAUGAGGUUCUCAAGUUUGUGGCUCGCACAUACCUGGAGGCCUAAACCUGUUCCCCCCUUCCUACACACCCCCGUAACACAACAAGGGAAAGUCUAGAGGCAACGAGGACAGAUGCUGAAGCAGAGAGAGAGAGCAGAGACACAGAGGACGGAAAGAAAAGGCUGAGCGAUCCCACUGAAAGAGAGCCGCCAACAGCCUCUCGAUCAUCGCUCAUCAAAACAUCGAGUGGCAUGAAUACAAAAGAAAACACAUCAGCCACCUGAAAAUACACCAAAAUAAAAGCUGCAAAAUAUUUUUUUCUGUGUAUGUACUGAAGUUAAUAUAUAGGUGAGAGAUUAUUAAUUCUGUGUUGAUUUUAUUCUUAAAGAAUAAAGAUAUCUAUUUAAGAAAAUAUCA